UAAUGUUUUGAAGCAUCUUAUUCUGAUUCCUUGCCGUAUCAUUUUCCUUAUAGAUAAUAAUAAGUAUGUGAGGUAAAUAAUAUUUUCUAUUAGUAAUAAAUUUCUUCGGUCUUACGCAGAUUUGAUUCUUGUGGGUUUGUUUGUAUGUUUGGUGGUGUCUCUCUUUCACUCAUCAUAUUAAGCAAAGCAGAGCCCAUGCAGAUCGCAACCAACCAAGCAGAGCAACCAACUGGAAAUUGACAUUUCCAUUCGAUUUCAGAGAUACAAAAAAAAAAAAAAAAAAAAAAAAAAAAAAAAACCGACAGUCGGGAAAGGAGAGAAAUUGAGAAAAAUGAGGGAACAAGUAAUAAGCGAGGAGGCGUCGUCAUUGUCAGAGUCACCACCGCAGGCUCUGGUGGAGAGGCUUAAGGAUUACGGCCAAGAAGACGCUUUUGCUUUUUGGGACGAGCUCUCUCCUGAAGAACGCCUCCUUCUCGUCAAGGACAUCCAGAGUUUAGAUCUUUCGAGGAUCGAUCGGAUAGUUCGAUGUUCGCUUCGAUCUCACGGUCUUCCGGCAGCUGCCAUCGAGCAGGUACCGGAGAGUAGCGUGUCUACGGUGGAGGAGCGCACCCUAGAAGACCGAGAGAGAUGGUGGAAGAUGGGUUUGAAAGCCAUCUCUGACGGAAAGCUCGCUGUCUUGCUUUUAUCCGGUGGCCAGGGAACUAGGCUUGGAAGUUCAGAUCCAAAGGGAUGCUUCAAUGUUGGCCUUCCAUCUGGAAAGUCACUUUUUCAACUUCAAGCUGAACGGAUUUUGUGUGUUCAGAGACUAGCUGCUCAAGCUACAAAUGAGGGUUCUGGUAGUUCAGUGCAAAUUCAUUGGUAUAUCAUGACAAGUCCAUUUACUGAUGAUGCAACACGCAAAUUUUUUGAAAGUCAUAAGUACUUCGGUCUUGAAGCUGAUCAAGUAACUUUCUUUCAACAAGGCACGAUACCUUGUGUUUCAAAGGAUGGUAGAUUUAUCAUGGAAACUCCAUAUAGAGUAGCUAAGGCUCCAGAUGGGAAUGGUGGAGUGUAUUCAGCUCUCAAAUCUUCUAAAUUAUUAGAAGAUAUGUCAAUGAAAGGAAUUAAAUAUUUGGAUUGCUAUGGAGUUGAUAAUGCACUGGUUCGUGUAGCUGAUCCAACCUUUUUGGGAUAUUUCAUUGACAAAGGUGUUGCUGCAGCUGCAAAAGUUGUCCGUAAGGCCUACCCUCAAGAAAAGGUUGGUGUGUUUGUACGCCGAGGUAAAGGUGGUCCCUUAACUGUGGUUGAAUACAGUGAGCUGGAUCCAUCCAUGGCUUCUUUGAUCAAUCAAGAAACUGGACGUCUUCGAUUUUGUUGGAGUAAUGUGUGCUUGCACAUGUUUACAUUGGAUUUCCUAAACCAAGUGGCAAAUGGCCUUGAGAAAGACAGCAUUUACCAUAUUGCUGAGAAGAAAAUUCCUUCUAUACAUGGACAUACAAUGGGAAUAAAACUAGAGCAGUUCAUAUUUGAUGCAUUUCCUUAUGCACCUUCAACUGCUCUUUUUGAGGUAUUGCGCGAAGAAGAAUUUGCGCCUGUUAAAAAUGCAAAUGGCUCAAAUUUUGACACUCCAGACAGUGCUAGGCUUCUUGUUCUCCGACUUCAUACUCGUUGGGUAGUAGCUGCUGGGGGAUUCUUGACGCAUUCAGUGCCAUUAUAUGCAACUGGUGUGGAGGUUUCACCACUGUGUUCUUAUGCUGGAGAAAACCUAGAAGCUAUAUGUCGUGGUAGAACCUUUCAUGCACCCUGUGAGAUUACAUUCUAAACAAAGUAAAUCUUGCAUUACCAAUUUGUGCGGCUGUAUUUUAAUAUAAUAAAUUCAGAGUGAGUGAGGUCCAUAUGUGUAUCAUGUGCGUUUUUGAGAUAAAAAGUCGGUGAAUUACUGGUUGUAUGAAAACUGAAUGUUGGGAUAUAAAAAUUUCAGUGAAUUACUGGGUGUAUAAUA